AUGAUUUCUCGACUCGACGCACCUGUCGAUGACGCCGCUGCUCUCCACCGCGGCGACGACGUCGUCGAACGGCACGCCUCUGCAGUCGAACGGCCCGCGGACGUGCUUCGUCCGCGGCGGCGGGCCGUCGCCGAUCGUGACGAGGACGUCCGAGUCUUUGAGGCGCGUCGCCGUGCAUCGAACGAGGACGUCGCCGCGGCGCACGGGCGUGAGCGACGCCGCGGAGUUCUCGCGGACGCUCUCGACGACCGCGGCGUACUGCCCGCCGGCGUCGCGGAACGUGAUGCCCAUGUCCACGGCCGGGAGCUCGACGUCGUAUAUCAGCUCGUCGCGCCCGGUGACCGGGUCGUUGAGGAUCGUCGCGGACGGCGGCGUCGCGGAGCGCAGCGCGUCCGGCGGGGGCGGCUCGUCGUCGUCGUCGUCGUCGUCGUCGUCGUCGUCGUCUUCGCGCGCGGCGUCGGCUCGGGUCGGACGCGCGCGGGGGAGGAGGACGCGCGCGGCGCGAGGGCGGGCACCGCGGCUUCUUCGCGCGAGGAGGAGCGGGCUUCUCGGGGUGGAGAGGCGCGGCGGUGCGGCGGCGGCGGCGGCGGCGAGCAUCGUAUCGGGCGUGGGAGGCGCGCGGAGAGAGUGCGGCCGUCGUGGCUUUCUCGAGCUCCGAGAGUUCUUUCUGAGCUGAGCUGUUUGGCGAAAAAAUUGUAUUUCAACCGACCGAGCGCUUCCUUCCCGCGCGCCCUCCUCUCUCCCCUCCUCGCUCCACUCGACGACGCGUCCCGCGCCGCCUCCUCUCCUCACUCCAACCUCCUCUCCGCCUUCAAAUGUUGUUCGUAUUAGUAGUAAGUUCAGUAAUAGUAACGCACGCGCGUCAACCGUUUAACGGUAAAAGCACGUCAGCACCGCGAGCGCGACUGAGCAAAACGCGGUGACGAUCACCUCUUGGUUGAGGAGGUACCACACCGGCACGGAGAUCGAAAACAUCUCGAAGAUUAUGUUCGGGAGGUAAUACGUCGCGAACAGCGUCGCCGCGAACGUCGCGAGGACGAUCGAGAAGGACCGGAAGAACCGUUUGUUGUUGUGCUGUUGCGCCGCCUCGCGGUCGAUGUUCGCGCUGUCGGACGAGACGGACGACGGGGAAGGGAAGGCGGCGGGAAGCGAUGCUAUUGGUCAGCGGCAUGAUGACGUGGACGAGAGGGAAGAAAGGGAAGGGAAGGGAAUAUGAUGUAGAGAAAAAAACGAAACGCUGCGACACCGUCCGUUACAUUUUUCAGAAAGAAAAUAUCGUCUCGCGCACCUCGGUCCCGGGUCCACGUCCGCGAGCUUGGCGAACAUUCGAAACAUCAUGAAGAUCGUGGCGUAGAUGAUGGGCUGCAGGUUACGAACCGUCGCCGGGGUCAUGUACGUGAUGAUCGUCGCC